AUGUUAUCGACACCAGAUAUCGAUCCAUAUGCUGUCCUGGGAGUUCAGAAGGAUGCGACUCUCGCCGAGAUCAAGUCCGCUCACCGGAAACUGGUUCUCAAGUGCCACCCGGACAAGGUCAAGGAUGAGUCUCAACGCAGCAAAGCUCAAGAAGAGUUUCAGCAGGUACAGCAGGCCUACGAGCUUCUUUCCGACGAGACGAAGAGAACCAGGUACGAUCAAAAGGUUCGUCUGGCCGAACUGCGGCGCGAAAUGAUGGCGCGCGAAGGUUCCGCUGGCGGAUCAUACCCAUAUUCGUCCCCGCGUGGUAGCGGUACCUCCCGGGAGUAUCGCGACGGGCGAUAUUACGAAGAGAGAAAGCCGGCCGAUGCGGCUUUCUUUGAAGAUGAUUAUAGGUACUGCGAGGAGCCGCGCCCGAUGUCCCGCAAGUACGACGAGUUCGAACGGCGACGACCACGAACGAAGACGACCGAGGAAAAGAAGAAGUCCAAGGCGGUUCCCCUCGAUCAUCUUCGCACGGCGAAAGAUGCACCUCGCGACAGCGUUAAAUCGACCCACACCACUCGGGCCAAAUACCGUACCAAGGAACGGCGGCGGGAAGCUUACGAGAAGCAUGAACGGGCGGGACCGUAUUACGACUCCGAAGAUGACUCCGAAGCUUCGGAUUCCAGUGCAUCGUCCAUCUAUGUGAAAGUCAAGCGCCCUUCUGAGUCCAAAAGGAAUCGCGACUCAUCCUCGAGAAAGACCAAAUCGACUGAUUCAAGCCGUCGCGCCGAGCGCGCACGGUACGAUGACGAAGAUAACUAUUCCGAUGCAUGGGACUCGAAGCACGAGAAAUUACACACAACCGCACAGGAUUAUAUUCUUCGCUCCAAAGCUGUUCCCGUGGAAAGCGAUCGGAGACGUCGGCUAUCUCGUUCUCCCGAGCACGAGAAAUUACACACAACCGCACAGGAUUAUAUCCUUCGCUCCAAAGCUGUUCCCGUGGAAAGCGAUCGGAGACGUCGGCCAUCUCGUUCUCCCGUCCGCCACCAUGGCUACGAGUCUGCGGACCCCGAGCCAUCGUCUCGGCGUCCCGGCCGCUCAAGCCGUUCGAGCCGGGAAGAUGUGCGCCCUUCAACAUCCCGCAACGGAUCCUACGAACAUCUGGAGUCUCAGUCCCGCAGCUACGAGACCAAGAGACCCAGUAUGCCAACGGCUGCCACUUCUCCGAGUAUCAAGGUGUCCUCUAGCACGGUUCGGCCGUCUCUUCAACCUUCACGAUCUGCAUCGAGUGCACAGACUCAUUCUCGUUCGAGACGAGAGCCUACUAGUCGGGUAGAACAAGUUCUCCUGAACAUGGUUCGGCAAUCGGUCAAGCCAAGGGGCGUGGAGAGAUAUGAUUCAGGCUAUUCGAGCCCCGGUACCCCAGAAAUGGCGCCGGGGGAUAGCCCUACCAAGACCUCCACGCGCUACAAGAUCAAAGAGCAAGACACGGUUGUGGUCGAACCGGUCAUGCCACCGCCGCCCACCAGCUCGUCGAGACACUCGAGAGCGUACUCACCGCCACGCGCAGAACGCUCUUCGACCUCGACUCGAUCUGCACCGAAACCGGUACGGAGUAGUACUACCUACGCCUACCCUCCUGAACCGUCGUCUCGUCACGAGAGCACUCGUCCGAGUGCUUCUAGACAGUCUUCAACAAGACUUUUCGGCGAAGUCGAGCAUAGCUCACAUCCCAAGGAGAAGGACAUCAAGUAUGCCCGCGAAAUCCGGCCCGAGCACAUCGUCUACAGCACCCGAGAUGCCUAUUCUCGCCAGCACUACGACGAAUAUCGUCAGCCCCCGGCGCCACGGCGCCAAUCCGCCUAUGCUUAA